UCUGGAAACAAGAAGCUGCCAGAGGACACCAUCCAUUAUUCUAGUGUUAUCCUGCCGAUUGUGAUCACCUUGAUAGUAAUUACCCUUUCCGUCUUCUCCCUGGUGGCCUUGUACAGAAUGUGCCAGAAGAAAACACCAGAGAGACAAGAGAAUGGAACUGAACAGGCCCAGUCCGAUAAAGAGGGCGUGAAGCUUCUUUCCGUAAAGACAACUUCUGCUGAGACUGUUUUUGUAGAAGUGCGUGAUUUAUAUGAGGUUGGCUUCUCACUGCCCUCUGCUAAUCUAUAUGAGCUCCCAACUCCUAGUCCAACAGGAGAGGUGUCCCAAGGCAGGACCACAGGAGAGCAUUCAUCUCAGGGGAAGAAUAAAACUCGACAACGUGAUGAUUCUUCUUCGCACGUCAGUAAUAAAUAUAUGUGAAGCAGCCUGUUUUAUCACUAUGUGGAAGAACUUCCCAGCAAAGCUGCAGUUUCACAGGAAAUAUGGAGCAGUUGAAGCUUCUAGCCAGACAGGACACUUGUGUUAAUGACCAGCUCUUUACUUCCAAACCUUAAAUGCCUCCUGUUCCUUGUGGAAUGAAAUGUGCUUUAUUGAUGGCUUAAUAACUGGUGUAUCUUAUGUAUUUAUUAUUUCCGUAUAUAGUAAAAGCAGGAAAGCCCUCAAGAAGAUUGAAGA